AUGGCUGAUGCGAAUCUGGUUCUAGGAAUCGAUCUUACCGAGGGAGUGUUCCACAUAGGUGACGACGAGGACAAGAACGAGCACAGAGAAGACGCAGAAGAGAACGAGGAAGAAGAGGAAGAAAGCGAAGAAGAGCACGGCGAUGAAGCAGACGAGCAGGAGGAGCCAGCCGCAGAGCCGCACAUAUUCCAAGAAAACGACAUGCCUCCACCGUCCACAAUCCCAACACAGUCCUCCACCUCUCGCCCAAACCCUUGGACCCAGCCCACCGACACCACCCAACCCACCGCAAUGCCCUCCCCCACCACCGCCCUCGCCCUCGACGCGAUCCUCCAGUCAUACCUCCCCCGCGCCCCCUACCGAGUCAAGUACCGCUGCGCCAACAUCAGCCCACGCCAACGCAUCAACAAGAAGGGCCAACUGGUCGUGGUGAUGGAUCGAUGGGGCCGGAUUCCCGCGUGCGAGGCCGAGUUUUAUCUGAGAGAGAAUGAGCCGCUUAGGUGUAAGGAGUGUGGCAGUUGGGGCGUGUAUAAGGUGAGGACGACGAGGAUGGUGCAGUUUGAAGCGCGGUAG